AUGACAGUCGCUAAAGACCUCCUGGGUAAAAUGGGAGAGAGAGUAAAUAUCGAACCGCCCUUUUUCGUUGGAUGGGGCUGUAACGUCUUUAUUGGGGAUGAUGUAUACAUCAACCGCGAAGACCUCUGGGCUCACAGUGCAUCCCUAUUUGAUAAUGCGUUUAUUCGAAUCGAUGAUCGCGUUUUAAUCGGUCCUGGCGUGUGUAUCUGCACGGGUACACAUCAACUCGAGGCAAAAGACCGAAGACAAAACAAUGGGACCUCUUUUGCUCGCCCUAUAAUUAUCGAAGCAGAUUGUUGGAUUGGUGCCCGGGCUACGAUUCUGGACGGUGUUCGUAUUGGGUCAGGCACUACAAUUGCUGCGGGGGCUGUGGUGACACGCGAUAUUGAGCCACGAUGUCUUGCCGGCGGUGUACCGGCUACGAUAAUCCGUAGAUUUGAAGAUGAUCAAAAUGUAGAAGGAUCAAUUGUUUGA